AUUCGAAACCCCAAAACGCGAGAGAGAGAGAGAGAGAGAGAGAGAGAGAGAGAGAGAGAGACGACGCCAUGGAUCGAUCGAUGGGAGCUCGGGGGUCGGUGAUCUUGUUAGGGCUCGUGAUCGCAGGAUCUCUGUUUGCAUUUUCAAUUGCGAAAGAAGAAGCUACGAAGCUCGGAACCGUAAUCGGUAUAGAUCUCGGCACCACCUAUUCGUGUGUUGGUGUCUACAAGAAUGGUCAUGUGGAGAUCAUAGCAAACGACCAAGGAAACCGUAUCACCCCAUCAUGGGUCGCAUUCACAGAUAACGAGAGAUUGAUUGGUGAGGCUGCAAAGAACCAAGCAGCUGUAAAUGCUGAAAGGACUGUUUUUGAUGUCAAGCGUCUUAUUGGAAGAAAGUUUGCGGACAAGGAGGUGCAGAAGGACAGGACGCUUGUGCCAUACAAGAUUAUUAACAAGGAUGGGAAACCCUAUAUUGAAGUGAAGAUCAAGGAUGGAGAGGUUAAGGUGUUCAGUCCCGAGGAGAUUAGUGCGAUGAUUCUAACCAAAAUGAAGGAGACCGCCGAGGCAUUUCUUGGGAAGAAAAUCAAGGAUGCUGUUGUUACUGUUCCCGCAUACUUCAAUGAUGCUCAGAGGCAGGCAACAAAGGAUGCUGGUACCAUAGCCGGCCUGAAUGUUGCUAGGAUAAUUAACGAACCUACCGCUGCAGCUAUUGCUUACGGUCUAGACAAGAAGGGCGGUGAGAAGAACAUCCUUGUCUUUGAUCUCGGUGGUGGGACUUUCGAUGUCAGCAUCUUAACUAUUGAUAAUGGAGUUUUUGAGGUCCUUGCAACAAACGGCGAUACUCAUCUUGGAGGUGAGGACUUUGAUCAUAGAAUCAUGGAAUACUUUAUCAAGCUGAUCAAGAAGAAGCACGGAAAGGACAUCAGCAAGGACAACCGAGCACUUGGGAAGUUGAGGAGGGAGUGCGAGCGUGCCAAGAGGGCUCUGAGUAACCAGCACCAAGUUCGUGUGGAGAUCGAAUCUCUGUAUGAAGGGCUUGACUUCUCCGAGCCGCUUACAAGGGCCCGGUUUGAGGAGUUGAACAAUGACCUGUUCAGGAAGACUAUGGGGCCCGUAAAGAAGGCCAUGGAGGAUGCUGGGUUGGAGAAGCACCAGAUCGAUGAGAUUGUGCUCGUCGGUGGAAGCACAAGAAUCCCCAAGGUUCAGCAACUGCUGAAGGAUUACUUUGAUGGGAAAGAGCCGAACAAGGGAGUGAACCCUGACGAAGCGGUUGCUUAUGGUGCGGCUGUUCAAGGAAGCAUUUUGAGUGGAGAGGGUGGUGAAGAAACUAAAGAUAUCCUUCUGUUGGACGUCGCCCCUCUGACUCUGGGUAUUGAGACUGUCGGCGGAGUGAUGACAAAGUUGAUUCCGAGGAACACUGUCAUCCCGACGAAGAAAUCUCAAGUUUUCACCACUUACCAGGACCAGCAGACUACCGUUUCUAUUCAGGUCUUUGAGGGUGAGAGAAGCAUGACAAAGGACUGUAGGCUUCUCGGCAAGUUCGAUCUCUCCGGCAUUCCGCCUGCUCCCAGGGGCACGCCUCAGAUCGAAGUUACCUUCGAGGUCGAUGCUAACGGCAUUCUGAAUGUGAAAGCCGAAGACAAAGGCACGGGCCGCUCCGAGAAGAUCACCAUCACCAACGAGAAGGGCCGUCUCAGCCAAGAAGAGAUCGACCGGAUGGUCCGGGAGGCCGAGGAGUUCGCCGAGGAGGACAAGAAGGUUAAGGAAAAGAUCGACGCCCGCAACCAACUGGAGACCUACGUGUACAACAUGAAGAACACCGUCAACGACAAGGACAAGCUCGCGGACAAGCUCGAGAGCGAAGAGAAGGAGAAGGUGGAGGAGGCCUUAAAGGAAGCUCUCGAGUGGCUCGACGACAACCAGAAUGCGGAGAAGGAAGAUUACGAGGAGAAGCUCAAGGAGGUGGAGGCCGUGUGUAAUCCGAUCAUCUCUGCGGUCUAUCAGAGAUCGGGCGGUGCGCCCGGCGGGACUGCCGGUGACGACGACGACGACGACAACGACGACUCACACGAUGAGCUUUAGGGGGUAAUACUUCAAUCAGAUUGAGAGAUAAAAUACUCUUAUUUAAAAAAAAAAAAAAAAAAUACUGUGUUGGAGAAAGGAGAGCUAUUGGUCAAAUUCCGCGGCCUCCUCGCGCCAGAUUUUGGGUGGAAUAUUGUUAUUUUUUACUAUUAUUUUUUUUAUCAUUAAAACUGAUUUUAAGAUCAUUUGAUGUACCCUAUUUUCUCCAGGUUUUUGGAUUUUGGUAUCACAUAGAAGUUAAUGGAUGUAGAAAAACAAUUUGAUCCUCUUGCCCUUUUUUCUUUUUUUUUUUUUUU